UCAAACCGCGGCGGGGCGCGGUGCCUGUCUCCUGACAGUUCGCGACUAGCGCGUUGCAUCGGUCCUCGUUUCGCUUCUAGUCGUUAUUCUACCGCGAAUAGCAGCGCACACGGCGCAUUCCGCUCUCCUCUCGCAAGCAACGCUUUUGAUAACGUGCUCUAUUUUAAACGAAACGAUAGCCCAUACAAUAACUUGAAAUCCCAGUUGUUUCGAUGUGAAGUUUAUGGUUUACGUAUAGUUACAUUGUCCAACCUCGUGAGAUUCACACUGUGGGUGUUUGCAAACCGGCUCCGUGACCAUAUGAUCCGGGUUGAGUCCGAGCUACUCGACCCUGAUUUUCGAUCACAGCGUUUCGUAACAAUGCAGAUCAUCUGUUAAUGGAUUUGUUUGCUUCUGUUCGCGACACAAGAUGACUCAGUGAAGAGAAAACUCGGAUGUUUGUAGUGCAAUUUCGUGACCUUAAUGUAUUGGAGAUGUGAUUGUUGACAUAGUAUAAAAUAUAUUCUGUGCUGAUUAUAUAAAGUGCGAUGGCUGGUUCUGUUGAAGAGAGUGGUAGUGUCGAGGAGGGUGCACCGGGGGCGACGGUAGAAGGGCGCAGUAAGCGAGGCUUAGGAGGAUCCAUGUCGCUGCGCACUCGCAAACUGGGAAGGCGUCUUUCGCGAAGCAUGUCUAUUGUUGCGCUAAAGUUGCCAGAGAAAGCGCAAAGCAUUACGAGAUCCUCAUCCAAACUGAUGCGAACAACUAGCAGAGACAAAAAAAACAGAUCGUUCGAACUUUCGAUCAUACUUCCAGAUAAAACACAAAAACAGGUAACAGUGUGCGGUCACAGUACUGUUGCUGAAGUUGUAUGCGAGCCAUUACAAGAUGCGGGAACGGUGGUGGCUGGCAUUCCCACUGGACCUUUAUCAGUACCGCUUGCAGUUCCUCUCGGAGGACCUCUACCUCUUCCCGAGACGACACCCCCUUCAGCACCUCCAGCCGCUUUGCUAUUCCUUGGUGGCUCCAAAGCACCCGUGGAUCCAAGAGCUUCUGCUACGGUGCUCGAAGGUGAAGUUUUGGUAGCGGAAUAUCAGCCCCCGCAAUGGGACGGUCGAGACCUUGAAGUUUUUUUGGCAUGGGAGAAAAUAUACGCUUCAUCGCUAUUCUCGGCAAUAGAACUUUACGGAAAACCACUCCUCCGGGCCGCAGUGAUUUCAAGAGAAGAGUACCAUAUACUCUUCUAUUAUUUAGAAGCAGUUUCCGAAGCUAGUGACGCUCUCGCUGAACGAAUGCGAAAAUAUAUCGAUUCUGGUCUAAUAACGUCCGAAGCAACAACAGGCAAUAAUGAACCUGUAACAACUUCAAAAAAUACUGUCGUCGAAGAAGAAGAACCCCAGAGCCUUCUUACUGAAUUAAUGCAAGAAGGAGUAAUUUCCCAACAUGAUAUUGACGCUUCGUCUAUUAUAACCGGCUCUGAGGUAAAUGAGAAUGCAGAAAAUCGUAAGUCAGAUGAUUUGUCAAGUUUGUCGUCGAUCAGUACAAGUAUACGAAAAAUUAUAGUUGAUAUACCAUUGGAUUGCAACGAGUCUGUCACUGAUGCUUCCAUUGUGGAGAGUAAUGAUAACGUCACUACAGUAACCAUAAGAAAUAGCGGUCAAUGUUGCAUUGACCACAGGAUAUCGGCUGACGUUACGGACAAUGUGUGGGCUAAUGUCAAAUGGAAUUUUCUUAAUCCACAUGAUUUUGGCUAUGAUCCCGUUCCAAGCGUCAAAAGAAGCCGGUCUGAUUCUGCUAUAACUCCAGUCACACAGCGAAAGAAUGAAGACUUGUAUGAAAGACUACAAGACGCCGAUGGAGAGUCUUGCGGGAGCAUUACUCCCUACGAAUCAAUAGAAGAUCUAUAUGAAUGCAUAAAAAAUGGGCAGUAUUCAAACUCUGCCGUAGAAGAAUCUCCAUCUACAGAAAAUCAAUCUGAGCCACAGUAUCCAGACUAUUACGAAAAGACUAGUGUAAAUCGCCAGAGCUCAGCCAGUAGUGAAAAGAGUGGAUCAUCGUCUGCGUUUCAAUUUUCAAAGUGUGGAUCGAGUGAGUCCACGGACGUGUUUAUAUCAUGCGAGUCAACUAGCGGUAUAAGUUCAUUUCUCUCGAAGGCUAUACCGCAAUCACUGAAGCGUCGAGACUUACCGCCUCCUCCUGCUGAAGGUAACGCUAGUGAAAGUGCCAUCCUGAUGAAGCAACUUUUUAUGGGUGAAUUAAUGGAUGUUUACGGAGAAUAUUUGUCCGCAUACCCCUAUGCUCGUGCUCUGCUCCGUCGGAAAGCGCGUCGAGAUGAACAUUUUGCUGCGCUCGCGGAUAUUCGACGAGGAGCCGCUAAAUACACGAUCGCUGACUACCUCGAAUUACCGAUAGAGCGUCUAGCGCAGUACGAGCGGCUAGUGGGCGGCGGGUGUGCCCGCAGACGUGCGGCGCGUCUCUCCGACCUGGAACGUGUGCAGGACCUGUUCCCUCACGACUACCUUGCAUUGCACGACGCCGACGCACCCGCGGCACUUGCCUCGCACCAUGCACAGAAACAGAAGAGCCUCCGUAAACGUCCAAGCUUGGAUAUCGGUAGUACAAUCAGUGCGAGUAACGGAAAUUUAUCGCCACGCACGUUCAUCAUGGAAGCACCUGUGCAACUGUGCCCACUGGGAACGAGCUCCCCACCGCUAGAUCGCCACUUGUUUCUCUUUAACGACUUGCUUUUAGUCGGCAAGUCGCGGGCCACGAAUUGCUUUAAACUCAAGGAAAGCGUGAGACUUGCCGAAGUUUGGCUCUCGCUUCAGGACGGUGACGAUACGGGAUUCCUCAUCGGAUGGCCAACGUCUAACGGCGUCAUUAACUACCUCGCUACGUACCCGACGCAAGCCGCCCGAGAUACUUGGUUUAGAAAAAUACAAAACGCUCUGAAUGCCCAAUUGGCCACAGAGCCGAAAUCAACAAACAUACAAAUCUUCUACAAGGACUUGAUGUCUUCCAUUGAAUUCUGUAAAACAUUGUCCGUGAAUCCAGAGAUGAGUUCUCGCUGUGUGAUACGACAGGCCCUCCAUGUGAUUCAAAAUGGAGGCGAAGUGGAGGGUGAAGGUGACGCUGACGCUGACGACGGUCGGCUGGGUGCCGUCGACGAGUUCACGUUGUGUGUUCGGACGGGCCGUGAUGCACCGUCCAUGCCCCUAAAGGGUAUCGAGAGACCACAUUCGAUACAGAUGUCACGAAUACGUCAAACUUUAUCCAAUGAAGAAGGGUUCGACAUGGACCAUGUUAAUGCCAAGAACAACCCAUGUGGACUUGUGUUCGAAUUGCGGAAGAAAAAUCAAGGCCUGAAGAACGGGAACAGCACGCCUGGACGCGGUCUUCGUUUACUCCGAAGGGGAGGGCGUCUGUUCGGCGUGGCGCUGACCAGGCUAUGUAACGGCACACCGCCGCCCGCACUCAUACAAGUCAUGCGGCGCCUGAGGGUCCUCGCGCCCUUGACGCACGGCGUCUUCAGACGCAGCGCUAACGCCAAAGCGCUACGACUGCUAAGAGAUAAGUUGGAUACGUUGGGUCCGUGGGCAGAAGGGUGCCCUGAAUUGGACCGUGCUCCAGUAUUGUUGUUGGCUGCGUUAGUCAAAGAAUUCUUUCGAGCUUUACCUCAGCCGCUUCUUGCCUCAGAACUAUAUCCAGCUUGGCUGCAAAUUCUUAAUUUAUCUCAAAAUGAAAAGGUGACUGCAGUUCGCUCAUUACUGCUUAAACUCCCAAAGGCACACUACACGAUGCUAACGUACUUUGUGUGCCUCUUACAAGCUAUUGCCAAGAAAUCCAACAUCAACCUAAUGUGUCCAAUGAACCUGGGCGUUUGCGUCGGACCUAGCCUUCUUUGGCCGAAUACUCCAUGCGACAAAGCUCCUAAAGCGGUGCCGAAAGUCGUUGAACUAUUAAUUGUUAAAGCCGAUAUCUUGUUCGGGCCACAAAUAGCCGGUCUUCUGGGUAACGGCAGUCCAGAAUCGCCGAACGCCUUGCUCGACUCCGGCGCCGAAGAAAGCGACAGCCUCCAUUCCGUUGGAAUCUCUUUAGACUCUAUGGAACUGACGCCGCGUAAAGAGAAAUUGUCCUUAAGCAGGGAUUCCGGAUUAACGCUCUCUGAAGACGACUCGAACAGCAAUGGCGGCAACAGCCCGGCCCCCCGCAAUAUCCUUCACAGCUCAUCGGCGCCUUCUUGCAAUUUACAACAAGAUACGAAAUUGUUAGCCCGAUACAAAACGGAAAACCACAACGUCAACGGUCUUCCACAAAGACAAAACAUUUAUUCUAAUAAAGCCGAAUUAUAUAGUACCGUGAAUGAAGAACUUUACACGGCGCCUUACGUCGGCGAAAGGUACGUACACAACACUAUAAACAUUGGAAUCUCAAACGGUAUCGACGAUAGAAACUAUGUCUCCAAGACGGCUUUGCAACGGUCGACGGCUGAUAUAUACGCGCAGAGCCCAGCCAAAUACAUCACGGGUCUAGAACCUCAGAAGCCGCCGCGAAGCAACGUCUCCAAAGCAGCCCGCACUUCGAAGGUGUACAGCAUGUACACUGAAACUCAGAACGCGGAUUUAAACGCGACAAACAAGAAUUUCAAUAGAGCUAAAAGUUCGGAUAAUCUUUUAGAAACGAAACAAGAAUCUCUCGAUAAUAAACAAAACUUGAUAUCUAGUCAGGAGAACAUACUGUACACCAACAUACACGACCUCGCCAUGUUCACGGAGAACAUUCAACGGCAAACUCAGUAUCAGGCGCAUACUAAUGGUGUUUCAAACGCGACUAAUAAUUACAAACGCGUUUACGCGGGCUGGGACAAAAACAACACAGCAUACGGCGUCAAACAAAACACGGAAAACAUUUACGAGCAAAUGAAAACAAAACACGGAGAAUCCUCGCAGAAUAAUUCGGAUGGGAAACUUACACCGGCAGCCACCAUUUUUACAAGAAAUGACUGGUCUCGUCAGGCAGCGAGGACAAAGAGCCUGGAAGUUAGCGAUGACUCGCACUCGGACAAAACACGCAACGGAAAUUACGAUCCAAAUAUAAGUAACUGCUGCAGGAAAAGGCGGUUCGAUCCGGCGCACAUGUGCACUAAAAGCUGCACUGGCUUACAAGUGGCCAACACUAGGAGAGAGGAACAAAUCAAACACAACAUAAAUCCAUUACAAAACUCUUACUCAUACGUUGAUAAUGUUCAAACGAAUAAUUCGGACGAGAUUAAAAAGUGUCGAGUUCGUAAUUACAAUAAUAAAUUAAAUCAAUCCAAGUCUCUGGCCAAUAUCAUUUUGAAUAGCGAUUCUAGCAGCAGCGACACUUUGUACCAACCACAGAACGCGUUCAACAGUCGAUCGACCGAAUCACCGGCCAGCGAGAACUCCUACGAGAACUGUUACUCCACGCAGUACAUAGAUCCCCUAUACACUUCUGUGUACAAUCGCAGAAGAGACAUAUACCACGAAGCGAAGUCAAACAUCUUUGGAUCUGAUAUCUACAAAGCCACUCCGACCGCCGUCGAGCCCGAGUAUACAGAAAACGAAAAGAACAACAACAAAAAACCUCCUCAAAUACCACCGCCUGUUCCGCCGAGGAAGAUGGUGUACCAGAGAGUCCUGAAAAAAUUCCAGCCUGUGCACGUGAACAAGGACGACAAAACGACGCGAUCCAAGUCCGUGCCGCGUCUGUACCCAUCGAACGGCGCCGACAAAAACAUCCAGAACGUUCUAGAUUUAGACGCCACCGAUUCUGACACGGAAUCAGAAUCGUACGUUUAAGAAUUUCAAAAUGUAUCUUAAGACUUCAUUCGUGUCAUAGACGUUGUAGAACUUAAAAAUGUUUUAUCAACUAAUUUAUCUUAAAAGUAAUCGUGAAUAAAAAAAAUAUAUUUUAUCCCAGUAUAUUAUGAUGAACUACUACUUAUGAAUUUUAAUAACUUGAAAAGAUUUUAAUAGCGUUAAGAGAUAGAUAGAUGCCUUCAUGCAAGAAUCCCGCCUGAAAUUAUAUAAACACGUGACCAUAACUGGAUUUGUUUUGGUGAUGUUAUUCCAAAGACGUAAGAAUAAUUUCAAUUUAAAUGAUUUUUAAUGUAAAUGAAUGAUGUGAAAUUGUAUUGUAUUAUAAAUUUUAUUGAACUCUUGAUAGCUAAAUAUUUCCUUAAAAUAUUAGCAUGUUUAGUUUUUUUUUUUUUCAUAGAUUUAAAAGUAUACCUUAAACCGUUUUUUGUAACGUCUUAUUAAUAAAAAUAUAAGAUUUUAUACAAGUUUUAAAUCUAAACUAAAUCUUUGAUUUAAUUCAUGUGACACUAAUGAUUUACUCAUCAUUUAAGCCAGAUUCGAUGUAGUUGAUUAUUACGUACUGAAAAGUGUAAUGUUGUAAACGUGUAUAUAUAAUUUGUAAUAUAAUGUAAGUAAGUAUCAAGAAAUAAAUAAUAUUAUAUGAAUAUAUAUAAAAUAUAUUAAAUCACAUUUAAUAA